AUGCGGGGGGGGCAGGUGCGGAGGGGGCCGCGCUGAGCCUGGCCGGGGAGGAGCGGGGCGAGGGCCCUGGAGCAAGGCGGCGGAGUGAGCCUAAGCCGGCGGAGCGGCGGUGGGAACGCGAGUGUGAGAAAGUCAGUCAAGCGAAGGAAGGGAGGAGAAAGGCUUCCAUGGCCGCCGGCAAAAAGCCCCCCUCCUCGCCCCUCUACCUCCGCAGCGCGUGAGCCGCAGCCGGCCGAGAGAGGGAGGGAAGGGAGCGGCCGCUUCCCCGUCCAGAAGCAGCCUCGGUCGGCACAGAAUCGGCCACAAAGACAGAAGCGGCUGCGAAGGGACCCGAACCCGGCCUGCCGCCUCCGACUUUCCGCUGAGCUUCCCAGGAAGGCUCCUCUCCUCGCUCGGAUCGCUUGCCAGGCAGCACCGGGGCUCGCGUCGGGCAGCCCUGCGCCCAAGGCCAGCUCAGGCACUCGCCCCCGACCCCUCCCCACCCCCGUGCGCGCCCUGCCCUCAGGCUCGAUCCUGGGGCUCAAAUCCCAAGACUGCCAGGCAGCGGUCGCUCCCUCAGCGGGGAGGAAACCGGAGACCCGAAUUUCCGCCGCCAGCCCUCAAAGCAACUGCAGUGGGGAGGGGCGGCCUCUCCGGCACCUUUGCGCCGCGUUCCUGACCAGCCGUGGGAGCCCCCGCGCCUCUCGACGGGGAGGGUGGCAGUUUGUAGAUGCUCCAAAGCCCCGCGCCUUGCGGCCCCCCCCCCCGCGCCCCCUUCCAGGCAGUAGCCAGAGGGCCGGCUGUGCUUUCUGCCCUUUCGGGGGGAAGCCGGCCCCUCUUUUUCUCAUGAACUGGGGAGGAGAGAGUAGAGCUCAGCCUGGCUGACCUGGAGCUUCCUCUUCAGGGGCACCGCAGCCAGAGGCCCCCUUUGCCUGACCCCGAAGCAAACCGAGGGAGACCUGGAUUCAUUCCUGGCCUGUCUAGAGCAAAGGAGACUCGGGCUCCCUGCUUUGCUUAACGGGGGCUGAGAGGCGGAGCAGGAAAGAGCAACCCCCCCUCCAUUCUCCCCCAAAUCUCAGGAAUUGCCCUUUCAGAAAGCGCGCCCCUCCCCCCCCCCAUCGGCCCCUCCGGUCCACCUGGACUAGCCGAGCCCUGCUUGGGCCACAAGUAGAGCCGAGAGCUCUGGGGUUUUUCAGAAGGAGGCUGGACAGCCAUUGGUCCGGGAUAGUGCAAGGCUCUGGCCUCGGCGGGGGGGGGGAGGUAGGACUAGAAGAUCUCCAAGGGCUUCCAUUUUGCUUACCAAGCUCAAUUAGGACCCCCGAAACAACCUUCCAGCUGGCUGCCCUUCCGCUGUUUUGGGCCCCCUGAAAUCCACAGCUCGGCAUUUACUAUUUUAAUUCGUUUUGCUGCCUCGAAUGAAAAAGAGUCACCCGUCUGAUCGUUUCCAACGUGGAGCUGGGGGAGGGGAGGGCAAACUUAACCGCCGAGAGCCCGCUAGGACCAAGCGGCCCAGCCGCAGAGCCCCGGGCCUGUCAUUCCGAGGGAGCCCACUUCUCGCCCUUCCCUCCCUGGAGAGUCCAGCGCCGCCACCCGCUGCCCUCGCCCGCCCGAAAGGCCGCAUUCCUCGCUUCCCUCCCCGGAAGGCGGGGUUUUCCCAGGCUCUGGCGGCGGCUGGGGCGGCGUGCCCGGCUUCUCUACCCGCCCGCCAAGCUGCACAGCGCCCGCCCGCCUCGCCCUUGGUGGUGGUGGCGGCGGCGGCUGCAGGAGACCUUUCGGCACGUGCCCCGGGGCAGCGUCUGCAGGCGGCUGGAGCCGAGGAGGGAGCCCCGCCGGCCGCCUCCCACCCUAGAUUGGAGGAAAGCCCCCUGCCUGCCGCUGUCCCCGCGGCCUUCCACGCGUGCCCCCCCCCACUCGGGUCCAACUGCGGGGGCCACUUGGUCUGGAGUGGGCGCGACCCUCGGGGCAGGGCUGGAAGCGCCCCGGCCGCUCUUCCCAGCCUCGCGUGCUGGGCGCCGCCGCCCGCAGAGGCCAGCGACCUGCGUCCCCUCCUCGGCCGGGCGGGGCGGUGGCGCCGCGAGGGUUAAAGCGGCCGCGUGAUUGACAGCGCGCCUCCUGGUGCCCGGGGGCCAGGCGUGCGCCAUUGGUCACCGGUCGGUGCGCCCAGCAGCCAAUAGGUGGGCACCGUCCACGAGCGGGGCCGCGUGCCUCCCGCUCCCAUUGGCUGAAAGUCACUGUGGGAAAGAAAGUUUGGCAAGUUUCACACGAGCCGUUCGCGUGCAGGGCAAUUUAUAAAUAGCGGCCGCCAGGCAGGGAGCCGGCCGGGGUUGCGCAGGGCUGGGGGCGGCUCGCUAGCCCGGCAGCUCCGGCCGCAGGAAAGCGCCGAAGGGGUGUCGUGUUGGGAAGGGCCGGCAGUCGCCGCCGGAGAGGCUCGCCCCGUCACAUCCACGCCCCGCCCGCCCGCCCGAUUCGCUGCAGGGGACGCUGCGCCGGAUCCCGAGUGGCGCCGCCGGCUCUCCCGCGGCCACGAUGCCCGCCGACCUGAUGGAGAAGAGCUCCUCCUCGCCCGCGGCAGCCACCCCUGCCAGCGCGCACGCCACCCCGGACAAGCCCCGCACCGCCGCCGAGCAGCGGAAGUCGUCCAAGCCCAUCAUGGAGAAACGGCGCCGCGCCCGGAUCAACGAGAGCCUGGGGCAGCUGAAGACGCUCAUCCUGGACGCCCUCAAGAAGGACAGCUCCCGGCACUCCAAGCUGGAGAAGGCUGAUAUCCUGGAAAUGACGGUGAAGCACUUGCGCAGCCUGCAGCGGGCCCAGAUGACCGCCGCGCUCAACACGGACCCCUCCGUCUUGUGCAAGUACCGAGCCGGGUUCAACGAGUGCAUGACCGAGGUGACUCGCUUCCUCUCCUCCUGCGAGGCCGUGAAGACGGAGGUCCGCAACCGGCUGCUCGGACACCUGGCCGGCUGCCUGAGUCAGAUUAGCGCCCUGAACUAUCCCGCCCCGCAGUCUGCAGCGCUGCCCGCGACGCCCAGCGCCCAGCAUGGAGCCUCUUUGGGGCAGCCUCUGGUACAGAUGCCCGCCGGCGCGGCGCCCCCUUCUGGCGGCGCGGCUUCCUGCAAGGUCGGCAAUCCGGCGGGCGAGAGCGUCAAGGUGUGCGGCGGCUUCCAGCUGGUGCCGGCUUCCGACGGGCAGUUCGCCUUUCUCAUCCCCAACGCCGCCUUUGCACCCCACGGCGGCGCGGUCAUCCCACUCUACACCGGUGGGGGUUUGAGCUCAGGCCCUCCUGCCGCCAGCAUCUCGUCAAGAUCGGCUGCCCCAUCGCUGCCGGCAGACUCGCUCUGGAGACCCUGGUGAGCGCUGGAGGACCACACCUGGGCCCCGGACUCAAGCCUGCGGGUGGCCGCUUGGACUCUAUGGCCCCCUCGGAGGCAGCUUCUCCUCUGUCUGCCUGUAAAUAGGACCUACCGUUCAUGUUGGAUUGUGCUUUCCCCAAGACUGGCCCCCUCCUCUCUGCGGUGUGGGGGAGAGGGGGGUCCGAGUGUACUUUCCCUCCUUGUCUUUCUGCCUUUUUUUUUUAAUGUCCAAACAAUACCAAAGAUUGAUUUGUUCCUAUACAAAAAGCCUCCCCUUCCUUUUUUGGAAG